UCCCGCCGCCGGUGCCGUCGGUGCCGCGGCUGCCGCCGAUAUGGCGCGCACGGCCCCUGUGGAGCCCCCGCUGCGGCCUCCCGCGCCCCCCUCGCCAGCCGUGGGCGAGCCCCGCACCUCUGUCGAGGCAGCGGUGGCCCCGCGGAGGGUGCUUUUCGCCGACGAGGCCCUGGGGCUGCCUCUGGCGCAGCUGCGCCGCUACCGGCCGUGGGGCGGGCCUGGGGCGGGCAAGAUGGCGGAGGCGGCCGGGCAAGAUGGCGAAGGUGGCGGGGCUGAUGAGGACGACGAUGGCGAGGAUGGGGAUGAAGGGGAGGAGGAAGAGGAGGCUUGCCCUGAGCCCUCGUCGCUGUGCCCUGUCCCCGCCGGCGGGGGGUUUUAUUUGGUGCCCACAUUUUCGCUGCCGCCCGCGCCGGGUCGUCUGGAGCGCUUGGGGCGCGUCAUGGUGGAGCUGGAGGCACUGCUGCCGCCUCCCGGAGCGGUCCCCGGGGGUGCCGGGGUGUGGGUGCCUGGGGGACGCCCGCCGGUGCUGCGCGGGUUGGUGCGCGUGCUGAACCGCUCCUUCGAGAAGGCGGUGCACGUGCGGGCCUCACACGACGGCUGGGCUUCCUUCUUCGACCACCCAGCCCGCUACGUCCCGCGCAGCCCGCCGGGGGCAGGAGCGGGAGGACCAGGAGCAGGAGAUCCCAUCCUGGAUCCGGGCCUUGGCCUGGGCCCUGGCCAGGCGUCUGCCUCCUCACCCGACGACUGCGGCCGCACAGACCGCUUUGCCUUCCAGCUGCCCUUUGCUGAGGGCGCGGGCGAUGGGGCGCGCCUGGACUUCGUGGUGCGCUAUGAGACCCCCGAGGGCACUUUCUGGGCCAACAACCACGGCCGCAACUACACAGUCCUGCUCCGGAUCGCACCCGCUCCCACACCCACUGAUGCUGAAGGGCUGCUCCAGCAGCAGCAGCUGGAGCCACAGCCCGAGUGCCAGGGUCCCGUGGAGGCUGAGGCCAGGCAGCUGAAGAGCUGCAUGAAGCCGGUGAGGCGCAGGCCUAACGAGGAAGAGCUGAGGAUGAAGAGCAUGGAUGAUAAUACACCUGCUGUGGCAGAGCGCCCUGAUAUCCAGGAGUCAGUGGGUCCCUUGGUGGCCCCCACCCCUCUCCGCCCAUGGCCACAGAUGACACUUCAGGUGUCUGAAGUUACAGUGACUGGCAACCCCCCAGAGGAAGGUGACAUCCCCAGAAGCAGGCUGCCUGUGGCUUUCACAGAGGUCCACCAGGCACCGGCCAUCAGGAUUUCCCCGUCCUCUUCUCUCUAUGGCCUGGGUGGCUCCCCCAGGGACCAGGCCUCAGGGCCUGAUGCAAGUGAGGGGGCAGCUGGGCCUCUCCUGGAACCUAGCCAGCAACGGGUGGAGGCCACGUGGGAAGUAUCAAGUGAAAAUGGAGGGGGCCGAAAGGACGCCAUGGUGGGGGCUAUUAUGGAUGAGCCCCCCGGGGGUCUGGAGGUUGUGAGUGGGUUGGAGGAGCUGCUCGGCGAGGACACCAUUGACCAGGAGCUGGAGCAGCUCUACCUGUCCCACCUGAGUCGCCUGCGGGCUGCUGUGGCUGCAGGUGGGGUAGGAAGUGGUGGGGAGGGCUCCACAGAUGGAGGGGUGUCCCCCAGCCAUCCUCUGGGCAUACUUACGGACCGCGACCUGAUCUUGAAGUGGCCUGGCCCUGAGCGGGCCCUGAACAGUGCCCUGGCUGAGGAGAUCACACUACACUAUGCCCGGCUGGGGCGUGGUGUGGAGCUCAUCAAGGACACGGAGGACCCUGAUGAGGAGGGGGAGGGUGAAGAGGGACUCUCUAUGAUACCCUCCAGUCCAGAAGGGGGCACCCCCAAGGAAUCGCCUCCAGAAAUCCUCUCCGGGGCCCAUUCUGUGGUAGCUACUAUGGGAGAUGUAUGGCUCCCGUGGGCAGAGGGCUCGGGAUGUGACAGCCCUGUGGUUCUGGGUACAGAGGGUCAGUUCACUGGGGCUCCAGAGACGGGGAUGGGCAAGGACACUGACUCUUUGCAUGUGAAUAGGGUGAUACCUGGGGUGACUGGGUCCCUGGGAGGUACAGAAGCCCCGAUGGAGUUUACCACUGAGUGGGCAGACAGCUGGGUUCCUAUAUCUGGCAAAGAACCAGCUGCUCCAGUCCUGCAGGGGCAAAGUCUCACCCUCCUGGGUACUUUGGGGGCUGAAGUCUGCUCUUCCAGCCUGGCCAGGUCCCAUGUGAGCUCCCAGGAUGAAGAGGGUUCAGGCCUAAGCCUCGAGUCCCCAAAGAGGUCUCCCACCCUAGCAGCCCCUGCAGAAUGUAUGUGUGUUUUGCCUCCCCAGCUCUGGGGGCCCUUGACCCAGACUCUGGGAGUCUUGGCUGGCCUGGUGGUGGUCCCCGUGGCUCUGAACAGUGGUAUGUCCCUCCUGGUACUUGUACUGUGCCUCUCUCUGGCUUGGUUAUCGUAGGAGCUACUUGUGGGACCAGCAAUAACAGACGUCUCCCUCUCUGGGGUCUGGGGAGGGGCAGCACCAUCCCCAGAGGAGAGGAUUCAGAUGGGAUGAGGGAUCUGUGUAGUGAGGGGUCCUUUUUUUUGGAAAAUGCUUGACUGGAGAGAGACCUCCCCACCCUGAGCUCUCCAGUCUGCACAGGGCUCCUGUGGUGAUACCAGUGGAGAUGAACAGGGGACUGGUGGAUGGUGGGAAUGAGAACUUUCAGAAUGGAACUGGGCAUGUUCUACCUUCCCCCAUACCCGUCCCCCGAGCCUCUAUUUAUUUUUAUAUAAUUCUCUGGAUGAGGGAGAGUGGUCGUGAGCUGGUCUUGGGGCACAAUUACCCAGAGAUAUAUUUAUUAACAGCCAACCUGUGCAACCUGCUGGAGCUUUAUUUUUAAUUUAAUUUAUAUAGAGUAACUAUUAUUAUAUGCCACAAUAGAGCUCUAUGAGAA